CGCUACGCAGACACAUGCGUAUCCGAACGGCUAUCGUAAAUCUAUGGAAAUUCCUCUUGAGUAUGCGAUCCCAAACUUGAUCAACAUCGUUCAUUUUUAUUGUCAGACAUCUUAGUUUUAUUUUCAUUGCACAUUCGUUGUUGAUACGGAAAGGUUGUAGGUAGGAGAUAUGAAAACCAAGUUCAAUGUUCGUUCGGUGUUACGUUUAGGAAAUUGUGGUUUUAUUUGACAGUGCAGACACGUGAAUAAGUGCAGUGAAUAUUAGCAAAAAUGAGUGCGCAAAAGAAUGUCGAUACCAAAAUUCCGGAUGAUGGAAACACGGAUUCUGGUUUCCUUUCCGGACCUAUUGACCCUCUAGACUCUGGUGACCUAGGUGCGCCUUCAGAUAGGAUUAGUGGCACAGUGACGUGUGAUAUUACCUCAGAGGAAGAGAAUCCAGAUAGUGGUUUAGAUUUGUGUACAAGUUUUUCAAAUUUGGACUUGAAUACACCUUUACCUACGCAUUCUACUAGUUUAAGUGACAAAACACAACUCCAGAUCCCACCUCAAACACGUUUACUUUUUAAACAAGAUGCAGAUGGAGACACACAAUUACACAUAGCAGCGGUUCACGGCUCAGAGAAGUUCGUUGGCAUCCUCAUACACUUAUGUCCUGAUAAGUCAUUACUGAAUUUACAAAAUGACUAUAGACACACGCCACUGCACUUGGCUGUGAUGGGUGGAUAUGCAGUCGUAGUAAAGAUGCUAGUAAUAGCAGGGGCUUCUCUAGAUGUGAGAGAUGUUUGUGGGAGAACGCCACUCCACAUUGCUGCUGAGACUCGUGACGUGGAGUGCCUUAAAGCGAUGCUAGCACCCAUAGAGGAGCAACCCCACAGAAAGCUGGCUUCAGUCCUCAACCAAAAAGACUUCAAUGGCCAGACAUGCGUCCACGUGGCUGCGAAUGCGGGACACUUAAAGACGCUACAAACUCUAGUCUACUACGGAGCCGACAUCAACGCCAAAGAAGGUCUGGCGGGCUGGACAGCGCUGCAUAUAGCGGCGAGGCGCGGCGAUACUCGCACGACGCAGUACCUACUGGAGCAGUGCUCGGACGUGGCGCGGUCGCAGCGCGACUACGGCGGUCGCACGCCGCGCCGCCUCGCGCGCCGCACCAAGUGCGAGCGCCUCUUCGCCAAGUACGCGGACGGCGACUCGGACACGGACGAUGACGAUGACUAUGACAGCGAGGGUGAUACAUUGUUCGAGAAGCUUCUAUCGAACCCCAACCCCAUCAACGUGGCAUGAGGGCCGACCGCGAGGAGCUCGCGCCGAACCAGGCGCGUUUGCUUCAACUUAUCGCCCUAGCCUCUUAAAGCUCUUAAGAACAACCGUAUAGGGUUCAAAAUUCAUUGGAACCCUCCUGCCUUUGUGUAUAAUUUUUAAAUAUUUUAUCUGUCUAUAUAUGUAUGUAUACCUAGUUUAAGUAAAAAAAAGGGACUCACUCUCAACCGACCUAGAAGGAUAUGAUCAGUCAUCAUCAUAAAUUCAUUGAAUGAAUGAAUUCAUUGUAAAUAUCACACGGUUGUUUCGGGAUCAAUAUUUUGAGAUGUGUGCGAAAUCUUCGCGUGAUCCAGAGACUUGUAGCAAUUUUUUUGUACAGAUAUAUUGAUAGCGAGUCGUUAGUACCUUUCUUACUUCUGUCUUCCUCUGUGUUCAAUAGACAAUGCUAUAGUAACCGCAUCCCACAGAGCGCAAUAGUCGAUGAACGGUGACCUCUCCUAACCUCUUUCGUUCUAGAGAACAAUACUAUAAUAAUUGUAUGGGGCAGAAAGGGAUAGAUCUAUAAAAAAUGCAUGUAGAGUUGUUAAUUUCUAAUAGCGUUGAAAUUCAGACGUAUUAUUUAUAUUGAAUGUCUUGGACAAAUAUGUUUGCAUUAGAAAUGUAGAAUAUAUUCUGAACUGUUUGUUCUGAUGGUUUCACAUGUAAAUUGUUUAAGUGUUAUAUGUGUAGAGUAAUGAGAAGUGGUGGCCUCACAAUUUGGCCACCCGCUAACAAUAGGUUAAUAGUAGAAUUAUUACAUUAGUUUAAUUUAACAAUGUUAAACGGUAAAUUAUAAGGCGCGUAUAUUUUAAUGCAAUUAUUGCUUGACCGCAUAACUACAUUAAUGUGAACAUAAUGUAAAAUUAGACAUUUAAAUAUUUAUAAUUUUUAUUUUUGAAGCAUGUAACUGCUCGAGGUUGAAAUAUAAAGAAAAUGUUACUAGAAAAAAAUCCACGCCGACCAUAUGACAUUGUGGGUUACCUACAAUGCAAAGAGAUGGCGCUGUUGUGCAGUUCAAGAAAGGCUAGAAAUAAUUCGACACGGCGUCAGGGCCGCGGUAGCAUAAUCGUCAGCACAUUCGCCGGGAUAGCGAAGGGUGCGGGUUCGAAUCCCGUCUGCUAACUAGCCCGCGUGGAAUGUUUUCCAGUAAUAUUUAAUUUAAUUUUUUUUUAUCAAUUUGUUGUACAUACAGCCUUACAUAAUAAAAAUGUGUUUGAAAUGUCAAAUUGCUAAGGAGGUUGAGGUAGACAGAGUCCUAAGGCCAAUGAAAUGGAACGUAAAUAUUGAAAUAUACGUGCUUAAUAAACCGUGAAUGGCCUAUGUCCGCGUGAAAUAUUAUCUAAUAAUAUUUUCUUGAAAUAUAAAUAUUUUUUUUAUCAAUUUGUUGUACAGCCUUGCAUAAUAAAAAUGUGUUUGUAAUGUCAAAUUGCUGUGGAGGUUGUGAUAGACAGAGUUCUCAGGCCAAUGAAAUGGAACGUGAAUAUUGAAAUAUACUUGCUUUAUAAACCGUGAAAAGUCUAUGUGCGGAGUCAUAAGAAAAUAUUGUAAUCUUAAUAAAUUAUUGUUAUCAAUUUUAUUGUUAAUGUCAGUCUUUUAUUUAAAAAAUAGUGUACCUAUUAAGUUUUCCAAUGAUAACGGGAGAGCUUGAAAUGGCAACAAAUACAAUAAUAAUUUUCGAUCUUAUUACCAAAGCGUAAGGUUCGAAUUGUUACGAUGUCUUAAAGACUUUACCCUUGCGUUCUCGCUUGGAGCGCUCGUUCUUCCUUACGCUUUCUCCAGAAAGCAGAAGCGAAGACCAGGUAGCUCACUUAAUAAAGCCAGCAAGGUAUCGAUUUGAAUUAUGCUGGCGAAACACUUUGUAGCUAUAUCCUUAUCUUAUGGGUGUUACCAUUUAAAUAAUACCUUUUUAAACUGAAAGAAUGUAACCUCAUGUACAGUCGUAAAGGGCCAAGCUAUCCAAAGCCCACAAUUUUGUCCCAAAUAGCUUUGAGCUUUAUCUAAUUUGAUAUAAGACUCAUAAUAGACCAAGAGAAACAUAUAGGAUAUGUAACUUGAUGUUUUGUUGACUGUAAAAGCACAAAUGUUUUAUUCAAAUAUGAUUAUGACAGCAUAUACAAUAUUACCUUUUCUCAACUGAAACGAUUUGUAUUAUUCUGGCAGCAUCUUACCAGGAAAUCUUAUUGUUUAAUGUAGAUUAGAGUGUGCCAAAACUGGGCUAUUUUUAUUACUUAUUUGACAAUAGAGAAUUUAUGAUAAGUAUUUGAUGUACAGAGCCUGUUUAUAUUAUUUUAAAAAGCUUAACUAACCUAAGAUUUUAUUACUAUAAAACCUUGUGUAUACGUUGAGUAAUAAUUAAAUCUUUGGCGUUAUUUUAAAAAGUGCAUUUGCAAAUGUGUAAGUAUUAGUUUUUAAAACUAUUAUAGUUACAUAUGAAACACCGCCUCUGUCGAAACUGGUUACUCAAAUCAUAUUUAUUUAAAAUACAUAAUUGAAAAUUAUAAUUAUUCAAAAAAUGGUAAAGUGGAUUUUUUUUAGAUUCAAAGUAUAUUGUAAUGGUAUAAUUUAGUGAUAUAUAAUUGUUUGUAUUCAAUCAUAUAUGUGUAAUUGUUAGACAAAUAAACACAAUUAUAUUAUUU